AUGGGGCGCAAGCCGAGUCCCGGGACUCAGGAGCUGGUGGAGGAGGAGGCACGGACCUGCUGUGGCUGCCGCUUCCCGCUGCUGCUGGCACUGCUGCAGCUGGCGCUGGGCAUCGCGGUGACCGUGCUGGGCUUCCUCAUGGCGAGCAUCAGCCCCUCCCUGCUAGUCAGAGACACUCCGUUCUGGGCUGGGAUCAUUGUCUGCAUGGUGGCCUACCUUGGACUGUUCAUGCUUUGCGUCUCAUACCAAGUUGACGAGAGGACGUGUGUCCAGUUUUCUAUGAAGAUGUUCUACUUCCUGCUAAGCGCCCUGGGCCUGAUGGUCUGCAUGCUGGCUGUGGCGUUUGCCAGCCACCACUAUUCCCUGAUUGCCCAGUUUACCUGUGAGACCUCCCUUGAUUCUUGCCAGUGCAAGCUGCCUUCCUCGGAACCGCUCAGCAGGGCCUUUGUUUACAGAGAUGUGACUGACUGUACCAGUGUCACCGGCACUUUCAAAUUGUUCUUAAUCAUCCAGAUGGUUCUAAACCUGGUCUGUGGCCUCGUGUGCUUGCUGGCUUGCUUUGUGAUGUGGAAACACAGGUACCAGGUCUUUUAUGUAGGUGUUGGGCUGCGCUCUCUGAUGGCUUCUGAUGGCCAGCAACAAAAGGCCUAACAGGUUAGCUCAGAGGGAGACAAGCUCAGAAACAGCACACCCACCGACAAGCCAAGAUGAAAACCACAAUUUUUUAAAGGCAAACUUUUGACAACAAAUACUUUUUCAUUCUCUAAAUGUGUAUUUUUAGAUUUUUUUCUUCAGAAAACAAAACAACUUUUUUUGGAUCUCUAUUGUACUCUUUAAAAAACUUCUUUUGAGGACAGGAGUGGAGAGACUGCUCACAAGUGCGCUUGCAGAGAACUCAAGUUCAAAUUCGGUUCCGAGCCCAUGUUGGAUGGCUCACAAUUCCCUGUAUCUCCAGGUCAAGGGACAUUGGGUGCUAAACACACGCACGCAUACAAGUGCACACGCGUAACUAAGAAAAACCAACUUAUUUUUAAAGUUCUAAUGAGAAACAAGAUUCAAAUUGACUUGGUGAACACCGAAAGGAAAAGAAAAACAGACUAGGAACGGAUGACCUAGAGCCGGUGCUACGCUCUGGUGCUUAUCCCUACCGCUCUGACAUCCUCGACCUCCUCUGACUUCCGGUUAGUCCAGCGUGAUGUGUGAAGUGGCAUCGCAGGCCACUCCCUAGACUCUAGAUUUUUCUAGCUCUCUCUACCACCUGCCAUUAUCCACGUCGUGUCUUUAAAAAGGUCUAAGGAAAGCCGGAUCUCAGUUGAGUGCUUUUAUUUUUCACAGUGGAGAUGUCUUCAAGGUAUGAAAUGGCUUUAAAACAAAACAAAACAAAACAAAAACCUAGUAGAACAGGAAGGCUGAGUGAUUCUGAACACCUGGACUGGGGUUCAGCCUUCCGGUUGCCUUAGCUCGGAUCCACGAGUGGGCUGCAGCCUCCGUGCGGUCUGAUUCACCGUAAUUGAAAGGUGGUGCUGUUGCAUUCUUAACGAUGUAGAAAGUUUAAAAAUAAUUAUAUUAUGCCUCUAGUCUGUCAUCUAAAACAAAUCAUUAAGACUAAUUUCCAGCUAAUUCUUCAUUAUAAUUAUGCUCAGGGUUCUGUUUAAUGAGCUCUGGCUGUUCUUAGGCAGCACUGUUGGUGUUAGGAACAAUUACAGCCACAAGGGAAGAAGUCUGAAGAUCCACUUUCCUGGAAACCAACCACUGAAAAAAAAAUCUUGUAAAACAUUAACACUCAGGUUUAAAACACUCUCGGGG